CAAAACUCGGUCUUGUUUCUUGAAAUUUGAUAUUAAAAUUCGUAUUAAAGUAUGGCUAUACCAUCAGCAACGGAAUCGCUUUCGCUUGCACUGAAAAACCGCUUUCUGCCAAAUCUGGAGUAUUUGCUACAAGGCUCAAUAUUGGACACAGCCGUCGAGCACUUGAUGCACAGAUUGAAAGGCCUAUGUGAUAAUGUGGAUACAUCACCGGAGACGUUUCAUGAUCUCGAGGUGUGCAUGAGUCUGCGUCAGCCGAAUUCACCUCAGCCCGUGCUGCUCCUACGGGUAAGACGCGCACUGGGACGCGAUGCGCCGUUCCAAUUGCGAUAUUUAGGCCAGCCGGAGGUGGAUAUGCGACGACCGACGCUAGUGCGCAGCUGCAUGGACUGCGCGUGCACCAACGGCAUACUCGACUUUCUAUCCGAAAUGGGGUUCCGCCUCGAGUUCGAAUAUAUAGCAAAAGGUUACAUGUUUCGCAAGGGUCGCAUGAAGAUCACCGUCUCGAAGCUGAUCAAAAUUGUGCCCGGCAAGCAACAGGACAUGGCCAACGAGCCCAUCUCGCAGAGCUACAUUGUCGAACUGUCUGUGGUGGCGCCCACAGGUCAGGAGAAUGUGGGAGAGGAGAUGCGCGUGUUUGCAGAGCAGUUGAAACCCCUGGUUCAGCUGGACAAGAUUGACUACAAGCGUCUGGCCAAUAUACCGUGAAGCCACUGCUAACCAUAUCGUCUCAUUUCUACAUAACCAAAUGUGCUCCCAUUGAUGCAACACCGCAGGGUUCUCCUGAUAUACAUACAAACGCAUCUAUAUGAUAAUUUGAUCUAUAGAACAAUAAUAAGUAAAACACAUACAUAGUUUCCGUUUUC